AUGUCUGAUGCAGAAGCUGGGGAUGCGAAGGUAUGCGCUUCAUUGUAUUAAUUCUAGAAUCUAUUUUUCCUGAUCUGAUUGUUUUGCAGAUGGAGUGUGGCUUCUGUAUCAAGUUCAUGGAGUUUGUCCGAACAUCAGAAAGUUUUGAUAUCAUCAAGUUUACUCGCUUGGAGAUGAUGGACUCGUCAACAUGCGAUGAACAUGCGAAAGUCAUCGAAACCUAUCCGCAUCAUGACAACAUUAUGGACCUACCAAAUUUUAUUGGUCUUAAAUUAUCCAACACCGUUGAAUACUUGUCUCUUUGGCUUGACAUAGCGCCUGGCGUAGAUACUAGUAUAGGUAAUGGAAGUGAGGCAUAUGAGCGUUUUCUAGAAAUGCAGAGAAUGCGCACAAGGUUCGUUACUUUGAGACUUCUUCCUAGCGCGGAGCCAGAAUGUCAAGGAAAGCCUACAGCAAGAUAUAGAAACAACAAGUGGAUAGAUGUGAAGCUAUUGCUCCAAUGGAAACGACUAUGCGAUUCUCGAAACUACAAAACCUGUCACGUUGUAAAUGAUCUGACACAGGAGAAUAACUUUCACCCUACUUGGCUUGUCGACACACAGCGAAUGUGUUUGGUCCCAGGAGCAACUGGGAUAUCAUAUGUAGCUCUAAGCUAUGUGUGGGGAGAGGUUCCAUUCUUUAAAACUACCAGGGAGAAUAUUUCACAACUGCAACAAGAUUUCGCAUUAGCCAAUCCAAAAGAACUUGGAAUACCACGGACUAUUUCGGAUGCAUUAUCAAUAGUCAGCCUCUUGGACGAGCGCUAUCUAUGGGUAGAUGCCCUCUGCAUUGUUCAAGACCAUAACCAUACCAAGCAUACUGAAAUUAACAAAAUGUCCAUGAUAUACUCCGGAGCUACUGUCACAAUUUUUGCCGAGGAUGGAGAAGAUGCGAAUUAUGGCCUCCAAGGUUUACAAGGGAUAUCUCAGCCUAGAGACCGUUCCCAACCAGAUGCAAUUUUUACACCUAAGGAAGGGUAUCAUUUCGUGGUGGUUAAUGGUGACAAUGAUAGUGGGCCCGUAGCUACCUCAGAAUCAAAAUGGAGAAGAAGAGCUUGGACUUUUCAAGAAGACCUGUUCUCCAAGCGAUGUCUUAUUUUCAAAAGUAAAAGCGUUGAAUGGCGAUGUGGAUGCUGCUGUCUCGUGGAAGAUGUUGACGAAAAUCUUGUAAAGAACCAUGUCAUUACGUCUAGGGAGUUGAGAACAGAUUUUCUCCAGGCAUUUCCUCGCCUCACGAACUAUGGCCGUAUUGUCAACGCAUACAAUAUGAGAGAGCUCACCCAUCCACAGGAUGCAAUUUAUGCAUUUGCUGGUAUUACGACUGAGCCGAGUCGAAAAUUUAUUGGAGCUUUCAUUUGUGGAUUGCCAUUGUUGUUUUUCGAUGUCGCCCUAUGCUGGCAACCUAAGGAUGGCAAGUGCGAACGGAGAAUUCCCUCAGCAAAAGACAAAAAGCCACGAGAAUCGACGAAAUCAGGCCUCCCGAGUUGGUCAUGGAUUGGUUGGAGGUGUAGCUUGGACGAAUCACCUUGGCGCACCGGAACUAAUCAGUACGCCAAAAACUGGUAUCCACCUGCAACAAUACUUUCUUCUAUUCUGUGGCAUUCUUUGAAAUGGGGAGCCGAAGAAAGGAGGCCGAUUUAUCAGUCUCAGCGCCGAAUACAAGAACUUAGAACAUACGCGGUAUCAGCAACAGGGGAUGACGUGUCCUCAGGAUGGGAACGGUUUGAUUAUAGUCUAAAAUCGCGGAAAGAUCCCUAUGAGCCCGUUAUCGAGCAGGAUCACGGCUCAUCACCGCCUCGUUACUUCUACAAACACAAAUAUGAUCCCUCCCUUGAUUUCUGGCGUCCAUUUCCUACCUGUGACGACGAACAACUAGGCAUCUCGCUCUCUACCCCGGAACCCAAUAACGAUACUUUAAUCUGUGGCAGAACAACCAGAAAGCAUUUCUCGCUAAGUCAUGACCCUACAAAUCUUGAACAGGCAUCCCACAGAACUGCAUCCAUACAAGACAGCGAGGGCCAUUGGAUUGGGGCUAUACAUCUACAAGGCUCUUCCAAUAUUUUUGAUAUUGACCAGGAAUUGUCACCUUGUGAGUUCGUUUCGAUCUCGACUGGCUAUGUUAUCGAAAAAGAAGAAAGAUUCAUCGACCGUUUGGCGCUUGACGAAUUUAGUUCUGAAAGAAGAGUAUUACAAUGUUCUUUGGGUAGAACGGAAAGAUGGAAUUGCAUAUAGGAAGGCACUGGGACAUGUUAUAAAAAGUGCAUGGGAGGCUCAACCCCUCGAGGAGAUUGACUUGAUUUUGGGAUGA